CUCCCGGCGCGGAGCCGCGCAGCACCCGCUGCUCCCACGGCCCGGCGCGGCGAAGCGCGGAGCCGGGCAGCGGCGCGGGCUGUGCCUCCCGCCCAGGGGCACCCGCGGCCAUGCGAGGCGGCCGUCCCUGCGGCCGCAGGGCUCGGAGCUGCCCCCCGCGGCUGCCCGCCGCCCCGCGCUGAGCAGAGCCGCCGCCGCCGCCGCCGCCGCCCCGCGGCACCAUGUCCCGGCGCAAGAUCUCCUCGGAGUCCUUCAGCUCGCUGGGCUCGGACUGCCCGGAGACCAGCCCUGAGGAGGAGGGCGAGUGUCCCCUGUCCCGCCUCUGCUGGAACGGCAGCCGCAGCCCCCCCGGCCACCCCGACACCCCCUUCGCCUCCGCCGCCACCGCCGCCGCCGCCGCCGCGGCCAGCGCCGGGGCUCGCCGCGCUCUUCGCCGGCGGCGGGUCAACCUGGACUCGCUGGGCGAGAGCAUCCGCCGGCUAACGGCCCCCGCGCCCCAGACCAUUCGGCAAACUCUUCAAAGGACACUGCAGUAUUUUGAGCAUCAAGUUAUUGGUUACAGGGAUGCAGAGAAGAACUUUCACAAUAUAUCAUACAGAUGCUCCUAUACAGACUGCUCUGGCAAUGAAGAAACUGAAGAUGUCUCAGGAAUUCUACAAUGUACAGCAAAUGUACUUGGUUUGAAGUUUGAGGAAAUGCAAGAAAAGUUUGGGGAGGAAUUCUUCAAUAUCUGCUUUGAUGAGAAUGAAAGAGUUCUUCGAGCUGUAGGUGGAACCCUUCAAGAUUUCUUCAAUGGCUUUGAUGCUUUGCUGGAGCACAUUAGAACUUCAUUUGGAAGACAGGCCACCCUGGAAUCCCCUUCUUUCCUAUGCAAAGAGCUCCCUGAAGGCAAUCUCAUGCUUCAUUACUUUCACCCACAUCAGAUUGUGGGAUUUGCAAUGAUGGGAAUGAUAAAGGCAGCAGCAAAGAAGAUAUACCACUUGGAAGUUGAAGUAGAACAGGUCACAAAUGAUAAGUUGUGUUCAGAGGGGACGAACACAGGUAACUGCAGUUGUCUGACUUUCCUUAUCAAAGAACAUGAAAAUGCAAAUAUCACAAAAGCACUUCCGCUGGGAACUUCCCAUUCUCCCUUAGACCUGAGGAUUAGCAUCAGCACCUUCUGCAGAGCUUUCCCCUUUCACCUGAUGUUUGAUCCAAACAUGCUGCUUCUCCAGCUUGGAGAAGGUCUUAGGAAGCAGCUCAGAUGCGACACUCAUAAAACUCUGAAAUUCCAAGACUGCUUUGACAUAGUUUCUCCUAAAAUCAGUGCCACAUUUGAACGAGUUCUCCUAAGAUUAUCUACUCCAUUUGUCAUUCGGACCAAACUUGAGGAUUCUGGCUCUGAAAAUAAAGAUAAGGUGAUGGAAAUUAAAGGACAAAUGAUUCAUGUGCCAGAAUCAAAUUCAAUUUUGUUUCUGGGUUCCCCCUGUGUGGACAAGCUGGAUGAACUGAUGGGCCGAGGCCUCCAUCUUUCGGACAUACCUAUCCAUGAUGCUACUCGUGAUGUCAUAUUGGUUGGGGAGCAAGCAAAGGCCCAGGAUGGCUUGAAAAAACGAAUGGAUAAGCUGAAGGCAACACUAGAAUGCACACAUCAAGCCCUGGAAGAGGAGAAGAAGAAAACCGUGGAUCUCCUAAUUUCUAUUUUUCCUGAAGAAGUGGCUCAGCAGCUGUGGCAGGGGCAGCAGGUUCAGGCCAGGAAGUUUGAUGAUGUUACCAUGCUCUUCUCGGACAUUGUUGGCUUCACAGCCAUCUGUGCGCAGUGCACGCCCAUGCAGGUCAUCAGCAUGCUGAACGAACUCUACACGCGGUUUGACCAUCAGUGUGGAUUCCUGGACAUCUACAAGGUGGAAACAAUAGGUGAUGCGUACUGUGUUGCAGCAGGGCUCCAUAAGAAAAGCCUUAGUCAUGCUAAAGCCAUUGCCCUCAUGGCACUGAAGAUGAUGGAGCUUUCAGAAGAGGUUCUUACUCCGGAUGGGAGCCCUAUUAAGAUGAGGAUAGGCAUUCACUCAGGAUCAGUGCUGGCUGGUGUUGUUGGUGUAAGAAUGCCACGUUACUGUCUCUUUGGGAACAAUGUCACCCUUGCAAGCAAGUUCGAGUCAGGAAGUCACCCACGCCGCAUCAAUGUCAGUCCAACCACAUACCAGCUUUUGAAAAAGGAAGAAAAUUUUGUUUUCAUCCCUCGUUCCCGUGAAGAGCUUCCAGAAAACUUUCCAAAGGAAAUUCCUGGGAUCUGUUACUUCCUCGAGGUCAGAAGUGGUCAGAAGCCGCCAAAACCCUCCAUCUCAUCUGCCAGAAUGAGAAAGGUUUCUUACAACAUUGGCACCAUGUUUCUCCGGGAGACUAGCCUAUGAGGCCUGCUGCAGAUCAAAGACUUGUCAAAAAAGCACAAGCCCAGAAAUGGGUCAUGACAGGGGAGCUAGAGGUUCUUUCUGUUUCACUGCCAUGCUCUGAACAAGCAGUGAAAGCUCCAUGUAAUGUCAGGCAAUAAUCAUUUAAAAAGGUGGGUGGUUGUUGUCAGUAACAAAGUGGAGAUAGGGAAAAACAAAUUAAACAACAUACUUCCACUUCCAGAGGAAUUUCUUUCAUAAACUUCAGUCUAGCCCCUCUAUGGCAAACAACAAACAAAACAGAGAAAAAUCCCAACUCUCAAAUUGGAGGUUGGUUUUGUUUUGUGCAGAAAGGAUAAUGGUUCUCUGUAGAUUUGCACCAGCUAAGCAGAAUUGAGAGUCAGUUCUGAUUAUGCAUUCCUACAUUUAAUGUGUUCUUCAGUAAGGUAAUGAUGUUUUUUAACUUUAUGAACAAACAUUUCAUACAUAUACUGUAGACCUGUUGUAACCUUCCUGUCAGGAGGAAUUAUAAUUCAAUACAAAUAUUGUAGUAAUUUUACCUAUUUUUAUACAUAUUUCUCUUUCUGGAUUAUUACAUUCCACAUACUGUAAGAUGAGUGAACUUAGGUAGCUUUCAGAAGAAGCUACUGUAUAUUUCAUACAUUCUACCUAUCAAACCUUAUUGUUAUACAAGUGGGAAAAGUCAUUUUUUGACUUUUUAGGCAACAA